AUGGCGGCGAACCGAGUGGGGCGGCGGGUCAACAAGGUGUGCAACCACCAGUCACCCAACCGGACCCGCGGCGGCGGAGAGCGUGAGCCGGGCGGCCACAGUCUGCAGCGGCGCCAGGCUCGAGUCACCGUCAAGUACAACCGCAAGGAGCUCCAGAGGAGGUUGGACGUGGAGAAGUGGAUAGACUGCGGCCUGGACGAGCUCUACGCGGGCAGGGAGGAGGACAUGCCAGAGGAGGUGAACAUUGACGAUCUACUAGACUUGAAGACAGAUGCUGAGAGGAGGCAACGACUGCAGGAGAUUCUUCAGUCUUGCAACAACAACACAGAGGCGUUUAUCAGCGACCUGGUGGCCAAACUUCACGGCCUCCAGAAGCAGGAGGAGCUGCACAACGAUGGUAUCGACCUACCGCAGCUACACAUAUACCCCGCCCGGACCGGAUCGGGUGACAGGGAUGUGCUGCACUGA